CGGCUCCACUCCCGGCCGGGGCGGUGCUUCCGGCUUCGGCUCCUGGGUGGGCUCUGACCUGGGCUGGUCUCUGUCCCUGAAGAGUCCCGGCUUGAGCCGCGGGAUGCCCGUGCGUAGCGGGAUCCAGCUUUCCCGCAAACUGGGGCAAAAAAAGCAGCGACCUUUGGAGGCAGAGCAGCAUCAGAGCCCACCAGAUGGAUCCCAGACGCCUUCCCCCAAGGAGCCCCGCCUGGGUCUGCCCAAGACCCUGGGCCCCCAGUACAGUAUCUAUUUUUCAAACCACCCUGCCCGACUGGGAUUGGACUUUUUCGACCAGCCUGCAGUCUCCCUAGCCCGGGCAUUUCUGGGACAGGUCUUGGUCCGGCAACUCGAUGAUGGGACAGAGCUCCGUGGCCGCAUUGUGGAGACUGAGGCAUACUUGGGGCCAGAGGAUGAAGCUGCCCACUCAAGGGGUGGCCGGCAGACCCCCCGCAACCGCAGCAUGUUCAUGACGCCGGGGACCCUAUAUGUGUACUUCAUCUAUGGCAUGUACUUUUGCAUGAAUGUCUCCAGCCAAGGGGACGGGGCAUGUGUCCUGCUGCGAGCCCUGGAGCCCCUGGAGGGCCUAGAGACCAUGCGGCAGCUUCGCAGCACCUCCCGGAAAAGCAAUACAGGCCGGGCCCUCAAAGACCGUGAGCUCUGCAGUGGCCCCUCCAAGCUCUGUCAGGCCCUGGCCAUCAACAAGAGCUUUGACCAACGCGACCUCACCAAGGACAAGGCCAUAUGGCUAGAACGUGGCCCACCGUGGCCCAGGGAGCCAGCUGUGGUGGCGGCAGCCCGAGUGGGCAUCGGCAACGCAGGAGAGUGGGCCCAGAAGCCCCUGCGGUUCUACAUCCAGGGCAGCCCCUGGGUCAGUGUGGUAGACAGAGCAGCUGAGCAGAACGCACAGGUCUGAGCAAGGGCCUGCUCAGAACAAACUUUUUAAUUGUUUAAAAACCAAAUAAAUACUUCACUUCUAGAAAA